UCUCGUAGGCGAGGAUCUCCUGUCACCUUUGUUGUCAUAGUUCUAACCUUAUAGUCCCACGGCUACAUUAACGCAUAACAAACGUAUAAGGCCCAGUGACCAUAAUGUAUAGCACGUGUCAUCCAGCAUUUUACGAUAUAGAAAAACUCGGCUGCACGAAUGCACUGCAAAUCACGAUUGCAUUUCAAACAUACAUAGAGCUGUGCGAAGUGAAACAGUUUUGGGAUGUACAGUACAAGUAUAACAAAUUGCUUGACUUGAUCUACCUGGAAGCUUGCACUACCAAAUCGUCCCCACUGCAAAAAUACAUUCCAUGGCCAGCAGUAAAUACCAUAUCUUUGAAUCAUAUCGAGCAAAUGCAAAACGAAUUGAAAAGUGAACGAUUGACACUGGUUUUCGUAGAGGGAGACAGUACCAGUAUUUAUUACUGCGUUUCAGCUGGGCUUGUAAAACCGGCAUCGCCAGAACAAAGCAAAAAAUACAAAAAAAGGCAAGAGAAGAAAAUUGAAUUGGAAAGUGAAAUAAGGAAAAAUGCUUCGAAUCUCUAUGAAUUAGCCACUUCGGUAGAAAGUAAAGAGUGUCAAAGCAAUCUUCAAUUGUCUGCAGAGGAUUGAAACGCACAGUUUUGACUUUAAAUAUAAGUCAAAUAGAACAAUCGCUACAUACAAAAAUAUAGUAAAUAAUUGCAGUCUUAGAAAUUUUUUUCCUUGUAUUUAUUGUAUGCAUAAUUUUACUUGGGCAUAUUAUAAGUUUAUAAAUUUUCGAGUUAUCACUAAAAACUACGCAAUUAAUUAAUAUAAUAUUGUAUUAAGCUGCCACUGCAAUUACACGUAUCAAAUAAAUUAAUACUUUAAAAUCAUCACGUAGGCAUCAUGGUUAUUAGUGGUUUAGUAUAUAAACUAUAAGGUAUGAGGCACAUACAGUUUUCUUUGUCAUAAUAGGUAUGUUGAAUAUUAGGGAUAGUAUAAUGAAUGCAUCACCGAACACAUCUUAAGAUCAAAACCUAACAAUGUUAUUAGGUAUAAGUAUGUUAAAAUUGAGUGAGGAAAUUUUUUUUACUGUACUAGUAAAAACUUUCAAAACACGAAGUUAUAUGACUAUCUACAAUUGAAGAUUUAUUGGGUAUUUCAUGUUGUAUUUUAUAUUAUAUACACCAUACAAAUUUAUUAUUUCUCGAAUACAUGUUAGUAUGUGCUUCGAUUAAAGUCACGUGCAAAUUAUUUGUUCUCGUCGUAACUGCAUACGAUUGACGGCGGAAAUAAUGGAAUUGAAACAUUCGAAGUGGUGAAUCGUAUUGCUUGUUAAAUAGAUAGUUCAGUCAUGCUUGAUUAUUAUUUAAUGCUUCGUAAAAUACUAAACAAUGUUAAAAAAACAUGAUGGUUAAUAAUAAUAAAUCAAUCGAAAAGAUACCGUAACGUGAGUAGUUUGGUAAGAAUUGCUCUAGCCUAGAAAUAAACGGAAAAAUAAUUUGUUUCCCGGAUAACUGUUCAGUUUUGGCAGUUCAAAGUUGCGUCGAUGAUAUAGAAGCAAAGUAAAUGAACAAUGACUGCAGAACAGUAUACCUAUUAGUAUUUAGCUUAUCAAGACGUGUUACUGUAACUAUCAAUAAUUGUUGAAAUUAUUUCAACACA